GGGUUCAGGAUAUGGUGAUGGCGCAGGACAAGGGACGCCCCUGGGAGCCCCUGGACAUGUGGUCAGAUAUGGAGGAGAAGCUUUGGAUCCUACAAGACCUGAAUAUGUUGUAUAUCCGGCAGAUCGCCCUCAGCCUGCAGGACACAGACAUCCAGAAACGUAUAGACCAUGAGGUCCGGAUGCGUGAGGGAGCCGUGAAGCUUCUGGGGGCAUGUACUCAAAAAGAACAGGCGCUGGAAGCAGCAAAGAGUCUGCUAGUGUGCAAUAGUCGUAUCAUGACAUAUAUGUCUGAACUACAGCACCGCAAGGAGGAGCAAGUUCUACAACACAGUGCACGCAGGCCUUCAGAUGGCGGCUCUGUUGAUGAACGUCUUCCUUGCAAAGGAAAACUGUCGAUCUCAGAUCUGCGGAUCCCCCUGAUGUGGAAAGACAGUGAAUAUUUUAAGAAUAAGGGGGAGCUCCAUCGAUGUGCAGUGUUCUGCGCUCUGCAAAUCCGUGGAGAGGUUUAUGACACAGAGAUGGUCUUUGUAGAUCGCACCACCACAGAUAUCUGCUUUGAGAAUGCGAUAGUCUUCUCUGAUGUGGACCCUGGGUUCGAGCUCAGCCUUCAGCUGUACAGUUGUGCGGUCGAUGAAGAUUUUUCACUCUCUGGGACACCGCGAAGAUUAUCUACCAGACUCAGCACUUCAUUGGGGAGAUCUUCUGGGCGCAGGUUACGAGCUACAAUGGAUGGGACCGGCAGCAACGGGGGAGGAGGUCCCAUCCUGCUACCACCUCCCAGUGUUCCGGGCCCUAAAUUUCAACUGUUAGCCCAUACCAAGCUGACUUUGGCCCAUGUGCAGGAUGGCUUCCGGACUCAUGACCUCACCAUCAGCAGCUCUGAUGAGAGUUCCUGCUGGCUGCCGUUAUAUGGAAGCGUGUGCUGCCGUCUUACUGCACAGCCUGACUGUAUGAAUCAGGACAUGAUGUCUGGAGUUCUGCACAUCCAGGGCCGGGGACAGAAGAGCUGGCAGCGCUUGUUCUGCGUGUUACGUGGAUGUCAGCUGCUCUGCUACAAAGGACAGUCUCAUCCGGGGUCUGAAACCGAACCUGACCUGACGGUCUCUGUUAAUAAGGACACCAGGAUCCGGUGUUCGGAUCGUGACGGUCAGAGCCUGGUGCACACCUUGUCCAUCACUAACCGGUACGGCAGUGAAGAAGUGACUCACACAGCCAAGGCCGAGAGCCGAGAAGAUCUGCGCCGCUGGAUGGAGGCCUUCUGGCAGCACUUCUAUGACAUGAGUCAAUGGAAGCAAUGCUGCGAUGACCUGAUGAAAAUAGAAACCCCACCACCCAAGAGACAAGCAGCUGCCCUCGCCAAGCAAGGCUCCCUCUAUCAUGAAAUGGCUAUUGAGGGCUUGGGCCCUAUUCCUGACCUCCUUUCUCAGAGGAUGAAGGAAUUUGAGCUGCAGAGAGGUCUUGAUCCACCACCUUGGACGUCUUUCUUCCACAACCCUUCCCCUGGGCAUCCGUCUUCCUCCUCCUCUGAAUGUGAUAGUCCUCCAGCCCAGUCCUCCAAACACAGACCUCGAACACUUUCCCUGGAUGCUAAACUAACAUCCCUGAAGAGUCGAGGCUUGAAAAUGACUGAGAGUCCAUCUAGUCUUGGGUCACCUCGAACCAGAAAUGAAAGUCCUCGCCCAGAGGCAAGAAACGGCAGCGGCAGCAGUACACCGGACUUAGAAAGGGGUUGUCACACCCGCAAGAACACGAAGAGCCUGAAAACCAAACUGGACCCCCGGAACUGGCUCCAAAGCCAAGUGUGAGCGUCCACUGACCAGUCCAACAGCAGGAGGACUGGCUAGGGCAGCCAUGUCUGAUGUCAACAUGGCUGCCGGGGCGCACUACGGUCUCACUUGGGGCUGGUUGGGUUGCCCCCACCCCUUGGUUGAGGCCGGCAUUUUACUGCUUCUGACAUGUAAUAAGUGUGAAUGAGAUUAACUCAGGGUCUGUCCUGACCCCGGAAGAAGGGUAAGAAGUGCUCUGCCCCCCCUCAGGGUAACGGUGACCAAGAGCAAGAAGGAACCCUUCCACUGCCCGCGCCGUAAUAUAAAACAUGACAGCCCAUGCCACGUGACCCAGGGCGUUAGAUUCCUGUACUCUGCCCCGUGGCAGGGCGACACUACAGAUCUGCUGUGCCCGAUCCGGCACUGAACACAAUUAUUUAUAUACAAAGCAUGUACUGCACUACAGGGGGCACAGGGAAGAGGGAGGUAUGAGGCAUGGAGUCAGCUUCAACUGCUGCAAGGUGGCAGGAGGGAGGUAUGAGGCAUGGAGUCAGCUCCAACCUCUGCAAGGUGGCAGGAGGGAGGUAUGAGGCAUGGAGUCGGCUCCAACCUCUGCAAGGUCGCAGGAGGGAGGUAUGAGGCAUGGAGUCAGCUCCAACCUCUGCAAGGUGGCAGGAGGGAGGUAUGAGGCAUGGAGUCAGCUCCAACCUCUGCAAGGUGGCAGGAGGGAGGUAUGAGGCAUGGAGUCGGCUCCAACCUCUGCAAGGUGGCAGGAGGGAGGUAUGAGGCAUGGAGUCGGCUCCAACCUCUGCAAGGUGGCAGGAGGGAGGUAUGAGGCAUGGAGUCAGCUCCAACCACUGCAAGGUGGCAGGAGGGAGGUAUGAGGCAUGGAGUCAGCUCCAACCUCUGCAAGGUGGCAGGAGGGAGGUAUGAGGCAUGGAGUCGGCUCCAACCUCUGCAAGGUGGCAGGAGGGAGGUAUGAGGCAUGGAGUCAGCUCCAACCUCUGCAAGGUGGCAGGAGGGAGGUAUGAGGAAUGGAGUCAGCUCCAACCUCUGCAAGGUGGCAGGAGGGAGGUAUGAGGCAUGGAGUCGGCUCCAACCUCUGCAAGGUGGCAGGAGGGAGGUAUGAGGCAUGGAGUCGGCUCCAACCUCUGCAAGGUGGCAGGAGGGAGGUAU